GUCUCGGAACCAUGGGCGCGUACAAGUACCUCGAGGAGAUGUGGAAGCGGAAGCAGUGCGACGUGCUGCGCUACCUCAUGCGCAUCCGCGCGUGGCAGUACCGCCAGCAGACCAAGGUCUGCCGGUGCACGCGCCCGACGCGCCACGACAAGGCGCACAAGCUCGGCUACAAGGCCAAGGAGGGCUACGUCAUCUACCGGAGCGCCGUGCGCCGCGGCGGCCGCAAGCGCCCCAACGGCAAGGGCAUCGUCUACGGCAAGCCCAAGCACCAGGGCAUCAACCAGCUCAAGUUCGCGCGGAACCUCCAGUCCGUCGCCGAGGAGCGCGUCGGCAAGAAGUGCGGCAACCUCCGCGUGCUCAACUCGUACUGGGUCAACCAGGACGCGACGUACAAGUACUACGAGGUCAUCGCCGUCGACCCGAGCCACGCGGUCAUCCGCAACGACCCGCGCAUCAACUGGAUCGUGAACCCGACGCACAAGCACCGCGAGUGCCGCGGCCUCACGUCCGCGGGGCGCAAGAGCCGCGGCCUCCGCAAGCAGGGCCACCGCGCCAACAACAUCAUCGGCUCCUCCCGCCGCGCGGCCUGGAAGCGCCGCAACAACCUCUCCCUCCGCCGCUACCGCUAGACGCCCGGCGGCGGAUCCGGCGGGCGGCCCGCCGCCCGCCGGCGCGGCGCGCGCGGCUUGUCCGCGCGCGGCGCGCGGUCCCCUCCUUUAUUCUCGCAC